AACCGGAACCCGCAGGAUAAGAGCCUCGACGAGGUUACUGAUUCUGGAAUGAAGCUCUGAUCUGUCACUGACCAUUGCGCUGAAGUUGCUUGUAUUCCACUGCACGUUCUUCACGAGACAGGCAACUAGAGAACUCCACACUCUCACAGCGCCAGAAACUGUCGUAUCUUCCAUUAUCGAGCGAUAUCUGCGGUAUGCCCUCCGUGCGACCGGUAAAAGAGUUCACCGUCGCCAUUGUUGGCGGGGGGAUUGGGGGCCUAACCUUGGUCGCCGGAUUGCUCAGGCGCGGCGUGCCAGUUCGCAUCUAUGAAUCUGCUCCGGCGUUCAAGGAGAUCGGGUUGGGGGUGACUAUCGGCCCUGCUGCCCACCGCGCUAUGCCCCUGAUCGAUCCGCAAAUUCGCGAACUCUAUGAUUCUCUUAUCACCACCCAUGCGGACAGUCCGGGAUACGAGCGAUUUCAGCAGACCUGGUUUGAGGUCAUCUGGGCGACAGGCGAUAAGGCAGGAGAAGUACUGCUAGAUCUCAAAGCUCUACCGUCUGGACAAACGACGGUGCGGAGGGCUGAUUUUCUGGAUGCGCUGGUUAGUCUUAUACCACCAGAAAUUGCCAACUUUGGAAAGAGGUUGGUCAGUCUCUCUGAAACUCCAACCGGCGUCGAUCUCCUCUUUGAGGAUGGUACUUCGGCUACUGCAGAUGUGGUUGUCGGAUGCGACGGUAUUCGUUCGACUGUGAAAGAGUUUGUGGUCCCCGAGGAGUACCAGCACAGCUUGCCACGCUAUAGCGGCAUGUACGGGUACCGUGCAGUGCUGGACAUGGAGACAAUGGUCAAAGCGGUUGGCGAUCACCGUGCCCGUGUGUCGAGCAUGUAUUUGGGGCAAGGUGCCUAUGGCAUCACGUAUCCGAUUGCCCGAGCUAAGAAAGUCAACGCUGCCUUCUAUACUUUCGGUGACAAGUGGGAUAGCGAAACCUGGAUUCGUCCUGCGAGCAAGUCUGAUAUGAUCAAAGACCUUAGACCAGUCAUGGGUGGAAGUGUUGAUGGUCUACUCCAGCACAUGCCUGACACUUCUCAAUGGGCCAUCUUCGAGCAGACCCCUAUCUCCACCUUUGUUCGGUCGCGAGUGGCCAUUAUGGGGGAUGCAGCACAUUCCUGCACGCCGCAUCAGGGGGCUGGAGCAGGCCAGGCAAUCGAGGACUCUCACGUUCUUGCGGAGCUCCUGGGGGAUGCUCGGGUCGUUCGAGUGGAAGACGCCAUCGCUGCGUUUCAAGCCUAUGAUGCGAUUCGCCGACCCCGCAGUCAGAAGGUGGUCGAGACCAGUAAGCAGAGUGCUUACCUAUUGAGUCUAUGUCUGGAUGGUGUUGGAGCAGAUGAAAUGAAGUUCAAAUUAGCCCUGCAAGAGCGUUUGCAUUGGCUGUGGGAUAUAGAUGUGGAGGAGCAGGUGGAGAGAGCGAGGGCGUAUAUGCUGGAGCGGAUGAUGAGGGGAUCGCAGGGAGUAAGUGACGUGUGAUACUGGGGAGUUCACAAGUUCUGUCAGGGUACCAACAAUCCAAAUGAAGCUUUAGCAAGUGAAGUAUCCAC